AAGGGUUUUCUAGCGAGAUUGCUGGCAAAACUGAAGAGAAUAAAGAACACAGUGGGGAUUUGAAAGAUGUUCAUGUAUUGGGCGAAAACACCAUGAACACAAAUGGAAAUGCUGUUCCCGAAAAAUAUGUAUUGAACACGGAAUCCGGGAAUACAACACUUAACAUAACACAUGUUAACAAUGUUGAACAAUCGAAUAAUGGUUCAAACGGCGGAAUGAGCACAAACCAUGAGUUACCAACCCCUCAGUCUGGUAAAGAAAAAUUAACCAAGAGGAAAGAGAGUAUAUUUAUCAAGAUCAUUAAGGCUUUUGCCCUACAAAUGAACAUUCCGACGAUAUUGAGUGGGAAGACUCCUCCCAACGCUGUGACCUGUAUCAAUGGAAUACGAUUCAUAUCUGUUACGUGGGUAGUGCUUUGUCACAGUUUUUCUCACGGCUUGACUCGUCAUGCUGAUAAAGUAUGGCCAAUAGUUAACGCCCAGGAUCUGUUAAAAUUGCCCGAGAGAUUUACGUUCCAAGCGAUAAUUUCGGGCGGUUCGCCAGUGGACACAUUCUUGCUGUUAAGGAUAUUGAGACUGACACCGGUAUACAUGCUAGUGCUUCUCAUAUACGCAACUCUGACUAUACACAUGGCAAACGGGCCUCUUAUGCCUGUUGAACUGGAAUCCAUGCAAUACUGCAAGGAUAAUUGGUGGACCAAUCUCUUAUACAUCAACAACUUGGUCAAGGCAGAUGAACAGAAAUCUAACUGUCUUGCCAGGCCAGCGCCACCUAAGUAA